ACCACCUCGCAUCGCAGCCCUUCCUCCCGACCCAUCCGGCCACAGCCCAAUCACUCGCGACGGCGCGCGUAUAUUGCGGCGGACACGAUCUCCCGGUGCGUACGUAGCCCCGCGUUCUAGUGGCGGGACCAUCCAAACAUUCCAUCUCACGCACGAAAAGUGCCGCACACGUCGACAUGGAACCCCCGGAAAACGACAACCCGUUCUUCCCGCCCAAGAGCGGCCGCUGCAUCGUCAACGAGCUGCCCUCCGAGCUCCUCUCGCACAUCUUCACGCUCGGGUGGGCCCCCGAGCGCGACGACGAGCCGGACGAGGACGACUUCGAGGACGUGGACGACGGCGAGUCGGACGACGGCUCGUUCUCGACCGCGUCGUCCUUCUCCGACGACGGCCCCCGCCCGCUGCGCCACGGGCGGGAAGACGCGGAGGACAGGGAGCGCAAGCUGCCGUUCAACGUCCUCGUCUCGCACGUGUGCGCACGCUGGCGCGCCAUCGCGUUGAAAAACUCCCUCCUCUGGACCCACAUACGCUUCGAGGGCCCGCCUCCCUGGGAGCGCGCGCUGAUAUACCUCGAUCGCGCGAGCACCGCUCCGCUCUCCAUCAUCAUCGACCGCACGGUUGAAGAGGAGGACGACCAUUCGGAGUCGGAGUACAGUGAUGACGGAGAUAGACCCAAACCCGAGGACGACGACCCCGACCUGUCCAUAAUCACGGAGAUCAUGGACAUCGUCGUGGCGCAUGUCGACCACAUACAGGCCCUCCAAAUCAUGGUUUCCUUCUACCCACAUAUGCACCGCGCCCUCGUCAAGCUCGGCGCGACCGCUGGUGCGCCAUUGCUAGAGGUCUUGCAGCUCUACCACUACGAGGACACGGACGAGCACGAAAAGUUCAAGCUACAGGAGCUCCGCGAACAGCCCUUCGUGCUCUUCAAUGGAAACGCACCGCGAUUAACGCACGUCGCGCUCUGGGGCGUGCAUCUCAACUGGUCAAAAGAGGGCUCGCCGUUCCUCACCGGGCUAACGGACCUCGAGUUCGCGUACCACGCGCGCGACGUCCGCCCGAGCUACGCCGACUUCACGCGAAUACUACGCUCGUCCCGGGACCUGCGCACGCUGACCCUCUGCAUGUCGUGCCCAGCAGGCGUGCCUGCGGACUGGCGCGAGGAGCGGGAGCCAGAGGACGCCAUGGACGUCGACACGUCCGCGCCGCUCGUCCUCUCCAGGCUAGAAGACCUCGUGCUCGCGUACCUCGAACCGCCCUACGUCCUCGCGCUCCUCACCCGCCUGUACCUCCCCGCGCUCACCUCCCUCGCGCUCGACCUCGAGGAUGACGACUUCUCCGACUUCCUCGCCUACCUCGCCUCCCCGCGCUCGCUCCCCCAGCCGCCCCCGCCCCCGCUCUCCCUGUGCGGCCCCGGCGUCGCCGGCUCCGCGAGCCCCCGCGCGCGCUCGCUCCUCUCGAACAUCACCUCGCUCAAGAUCGCGUCCCUCCGCUGCAACGAGGCCGUCGUGCUCGAGGCGUACAAGCAGCUCGACAAGGUCGCCUCGCUCAACCUCAACAUGCUCUACCUCGACGAGUGCUGGCUCGAGCUCCUCCUGCCCUCGCCGACGCCGUCGACGUCCGCGAACACGAACCAGAACGAGCUGUACCUGCCGCGCCUGGAGGCGCUGACGACGACGGGCGUCGACGGCGCGCGCCUGCGCGAGCUCGUCGAGCUCCGCGCGGCGCGGGGCGCGCCGAUCCGCACGGUGCUCAUGAACCAGGACGACGACCUGGACGAGGAGGACGAGGCGUGGCUGGCGAAGCACCUGGACCGGUUCGAGCUGUUCGAGGGCUCGGACGAGGAGGAGGAGGAGGAGGUCGAGCUCGUGGACCCGUUUGACGACGACGGGGACGAGUGGGAGGACGCGGACGAGGAUGAGGACGAUUUCGAGGACGACUUCGGGGACGCGCCGAUGCUGAUCUUGCCGUUCUGAAGGCUUGUCCGUGUAUGGCUUGGAUGAUGGACCGCGUUGCAGAGGGAGCCGGCUGGCAUCUAGACGAGACUGUGCACGAGAAGGACAUGCGAGAUGUAAGCAGUAGUACAACACAUUAACGGAUUCAUGAGUAGACUAAUACAUGUACAUUGCUGAACGAGCGACGAUGGUUUCGUAACUACACUGCGACUCAGUCUCCUCCGAGCCAACUACAUAUCAUAGUCCAUGGACAUCAAGGAAAAUCAUUACGGGUACAAACGUGCAACUCGUGAAAAGCACGGCGAGCAACGAAGACACAGAACAAACGGCAAGCACUCCGUACAAUCUCCAGCAGCAGCGCGCAAUCAUCAUGAGAUCUGGUCCUUGCCAGCCGGAGCCGGAGCUAGCGACGGUUGCACGAGAGGGACUUCCGCAAGGCCGAACACGACGUCCGGCACCCCAGCCUCCUCCUCGCCCUCCUCGCCCCACCCGUCGAGACCGCGCGCCUUGCCCUUCUCGCCCGGGGAGAGCUGGUGCAGCUCCGCGUCCACAGACGGGGGCACGUACGCCGACCGGUGCGGGUUCGGCAUCGCGACCAUGACCGCGACGCGCACCUCCGCCGCGCGCUGGACAGGAUCCUGCUGCUCCAGCGGUAUCGCCGGUGUCCCCAACACGCCCUCGGCGUCGUUGCCGCUGCUCGCGUUUGCGCUUGAUGCGGGCGUGGCGGGGGACGGGUUUGGACGCGCGCCCGUCCUGUUCCGGCUGAGGCGGUUGCGUGGGAGGACGUACGCCGCGCCUUCAAAAAGGGCACGGAUGCGAGGCUGGCGACCUGCUGGGGGAUUCUGGGAGGACGCGAUGUCCGUCUCGGCGGGGGUGUCUUUGGUUUCUGGCUUUUCGGAGGUGACGCUGCCGGAGAAGGGCAUGAUCUUUUCCCAGCUCCCGUCCUGCGGACUGGACGACGAGAAGUACGGGGGGAGCACGCUGACGUCGAACAGCGUUGGCCGCUGCAGCUUGCGGCGGUACGCGCGACCGAAGCCGCCUGAGCCGUCGUCGCUCGGAGAGAGCAGAACCCCUGCGGCGAUAGCCUCUUCUAGGCGGCGGCGGAAGCGGCGACGGAGGAAGAUGCCGCGCAUGAUGAUGGCGGAGGAGAUGGCGAGGAGGAGGAAGAGGGUCGCGAGGAACGUAAAUAGGUAUAGCGAGGACGACGGGGGACCCAUUCCCCCGCUGCUCUGAGUGCUGGUGCUCGAGCUAGCCGCAUCGCCAGUCGUAUGUGUGGCGAAGAACGGGGAAGAUGUCGAAUUUGAUGCGGUUGGCACCAGGGUAGAACUAGAGGCUCCAGACCCGUCAGAGGAUGUGGUAGUCAAGCUUGUCGUGGGAGACGUGGACGAGGAGGGGCUCGUCGAAUGCGAGUUUCGGCUCGACGAACUCGACGAGGUAGCGG